AUGUCGCGGGACUCGUCGCUCAACUCCUCCACAUUGAUCGAGCAGUAUCCGCUCAUCUUCUCGCGAGAGAGCGAACAGCGCUCCAAGCACGCCUCCGCCGAGUCCGGCUCCGAAAUAACAGACGGAGUCUUCACUGAGCAGCGGCUGCGCGCACACGCCGACGAGGAGUACUCCGGCAGCGUCUGUGCCGCCGUGAUGUCGCGGCUGGGCUGGCUGGCACUAUUUCUCGUCGGCCUCUGGGGCGCCGCGUUCGUCAUCGACUGGUUCGAGCACAUGCUGCAGCGCAGCGUCGAGCUCGCCCACUUCGUGCCGCUGAUCAUUGGCCACGGAGGCAACGCCGGCUCGCAAGCUGUUGGCAGCGUGAUCCGCGCGCUCGCAGCCAAGGAGCUCGACCCGUCGCUGCGGCUCCGCCUAGAUGCUGCGUCCAUGCUGGUGCCGCCUCGCGCCGGACCAGCCGCCGCCUGA